GCUACACUUUCGCUCCCAAAUACUUCCGAAAUUGAAAUGAACGGCGGCGUCGCACUGGACACACACUCGCACCUUGCCGACAGAAUCAACGGAGGAGCCAUGGACGUCGAUGCGCCGAGCAAUGCAGCUCUUUCAGUAGCAGACUCAACUGCGACAGGCCGACUUCCUGUCGCCGUCAACAAGCCCACACCAUUCACCUUCGACCUGGGCAACCUGCUCGCUCACGACCCGAAUCCUAUUCCCGCCGAGGCAGAUGAAGAGGCUCUGGCCGCCACCGCUCGCGAUGCCGCACAAGCUCUCAUCAACCAGCUACUCUCCACCUGCGAAAUCAAGUCUACUUCGGAAGGCGUGCACCUCGUCCUCCCCGCGCCACAAAUGGCCUUACCCCGCGAAAAGCCCAUCCCCAAGGCCAAGGAACAGACUAAGUGGGAGCGCUUUGCCGCCAAGAAGGGUAUCAAGGACAAGAAGCGCGACGGCAACAAGGUUUACGACGAGGCGACCGGCGACUGGGUACCCAAGUGGGGAUACAAGGGCAAGAACAAGGAGGCCGAGAGCUCCUGGCUUGUUGAAGUCGACGAGAAGAAGGAGGCCAAGACUGGAGAGGCACACGAUGCGCGGGCUGAGAGCAGGCACGAGCGCAAGGAGAGGACCAGGAGAAACGAGAGGAAGCAGCGCGCAAACGAGGCAAAGUCUCGAAAGCCUGGUGUUUGAAUUGGGGGCAGUCAAGCUUGAGGGCAAGAGAUGAGCAACCUUCGUCAUGUUAUGCAUUGGGCGGCGUUAUCAACUGGGGAUAUAUCCGACUUCACAGGCGUAUGAGGUCUAAAAGCAAGGCUGCAUGUACGUUCGAGGUCGGGGAAGUGGACUGCUGUAUUUCCGCUAGACUUUUAAGGCCCAUGGAGAGGACCGGCAGGAGCUCGAACGAUGUCGUUGAAGCAUUUGCGGCCCAGAAUAAUCUAGGUUGUUGAAC